AUGGCUGUGAACUUCACUGAUGAAAGUCCAAGCUAUUUCUCGUGUGCUGAAUGGGACCAAAAUUUCGAAAUCGUUCAUACGAAAGCGCUCAGAACUUCGUAUCUGUGGACUUGUAUUCUUAAUGGAGUUCUAGCUAUCCAUACAGCCAUAUUAAACUCUCUGAUCGUUGUGCUGUACUUCAAAGAUAAACGUCUUCAAACUACAGCAAAUGUGCUGAUCUUAGCUUUGGCUUUUUCUGAUCUCGUCGUCGCUUUAGUAAUCCAGCCCGCUGUGGUUGUUAACAACGCUUUGAGAUUUCACGAAAUUUAUAGCUGUGUUUCAGAGCUGACGACGUUCGCUUUAACGGCAAUUGGAGUAGGACUGUCUUGCUCUACUGUGUGCUUUACUAUAACUUUGGAAAGAUUGUUUGCCAUUUGUUGGCCGCUAAAACAUCGUGUGCUUGUGACCAAAUCUCUACUGAAAAAAAUAUUUUUAGGUCAAGUUGCUUUACAUUGUGUGAUAGUAUUCCCUUUCAUUCUAAACUCGUCCCUGAAAUUCUCGCUAGAAAUGCAAUCGGGGUCUAUAAUUUUUGGCAUCAUUUUCGUGUUAGCUGCAUAUCUGUGUAUUUUUAUUAUAAUUCACAAAAGAUUCCGGGCUGUAGCCAAGAAUGGUUUGACGACUGAUUGUUUGGAGAAGGUAUCCCGGAAUUCCAAGCAGAAGAAAAUAUCGGGGAAAGAUAUAUCCCAAGAUUCCAAGCGAGCUGAUAAAUCUCCAGAUGAUGUAUCCCAAUAUUCCAUGCGGACUGAUGAAUCUACAGACAAUGUAUCCCAAUAUUCCAGGCGGACUGAUGAAUCUACAGACAAUGUAUCCCAAGAUUCCAAGCUAGAGAAUAAGUCAACAAUUCAUAUAUCCCAAGAUUCCAAAGAAAAGAGUAAUUCGCCAAAAUAUGUUUCCCAGAAUUCCAUGCCGCGGAAUAAGCCUCCAAAAAAUGUAUCCCAGGGUUCCAAACGUGAAAGGAAUUUGGAUGAAAAUCUAUCCCAGAAUUCCAAUCGUAACUCCCUGGAGAUUCUGUCCCAUGAUUCAAAUGGUAAGGAGAUGAAAAUCCCGGAUAAUAAAUUAAAGGAUGAGCAACGUACGUUCAGCGCAUGCGUGUCAUUGCAGAAAGCCAGGUUGAAAUUGAAGCAAGAAUUACGAGUUUGCAAGGCAAUGGCCGUGAUAGCCGGUGCUGUGGCGCUAUGCUUCCUCCCUCGUGCAGUGAUAUUUAAAUAUGUUGUGUCUGGUGCGAUUUCAAUGGAGACGUUUUAUAACUAUCUUAUACCGUGGUUCGAUGUAUUGGCUUUUGUAAAUUCAUCUCUUAAUCCGUACAUAUAUUUCUUUCACAACAAAGACAUAACAGAAGGUGUGAAGAAAAUUAUAUUUGGAAAGAAGAAUACUCAAUUGAAUAAAACAAAUUUACCGACUGUUGAGGCGAACAUUAAACGAUGA